GUAUUUUUCUGGAUAUUACUUUCAGAUGCUUGAAAGAUCGACCUUGGAAAAGGCCUACUUUGGCAGAAGUGGUGUGGAGGCUUGAAAGUGCUUUGACAAAACAAUAUACCACCUAUUCGUCUUCUUCCUCCGUGGAUGAUGAUAUCUUUAAACACUUUAAUCAAGUGGCCUAUUCAAGCAAUUCUGCAAGCUCAGAUGUAGACCCAUCCAGGUAUACAGUUGAGACGGGGUCAACCAAAAGUGAUACCAUCAAACAGGAUACUGGCUCAAAGUCGAAGAGCGGCACAAUUAUUAGUAGACAUAAUGAGCUGAAAUCAUCUUCUGGAAACAAUGCUUUAGAAGUACCUGCAGACCUGCAAAGACCUCAGGUCAAACCUAAUGCCUCCAUUCCUAUGUCUGAUGACAAGGAUGAUGAAUAUGAGAAAAUGUGUAAGAGAGCGAACCCACUCAGUGUUGAUGUCGAUAAUGUAUCUUGCGAGAAUGCUACGGUCAUACAGGUUAUUGAUAGUAACCCUAACACUAACAGACAAGAAGUACUACUAGAAGCUGUCCAGAUUUUGACUGAUAAUGAUUUUAUCUUUACUAGAGUUACAUUUGCUUCAGAUGGAUUGUGGUCCAUGAAUGUUUUCUAUGUUACUGAUCUGGAAGGGAACAAAGUAGAAGAUGAAAAACGUUUGGAUCACAUUCAGAAGGUUCUUGGCUCUGGUACUAGCCUUACCAACUCAACAAAGUCUGAUGGGUGGCCGGUAAUCGAGUUAAUAGGAAGUGAUAGACCUGGACUAAUUACAGACAUGUGCACUGUUUUAUUAGAAUUAAGGUGUAAAUGUUGUGAAUGCCAGCAUAUGGGCUCACAACACAAGGGCUGCAUUUAUAAUUCUAUUAACCGAUGAAGAAUCAGGGGCAGCUAUUACCGACCCCACCACCAGACUCAGUAAUAUAAAAGAAAGGCUUUGCAAUGUGCUUACAGUAACUAGUAGCGAUGAUAAAAGAGCCAAUAUUGUGAUCACUAAUGGUGUUAUCCACACUGAACGCCGGAUGCAUCAGAUGAUGUUUGCAGAUAGUGACUACGGGAGAGGUAGCAGUUAUUUAGACAAAUCACAAAUGACUGAUGUGAAUGUUGAAAAUUGAUAUGACAAAGAUUGUUCAGUGGUAACCAUUCAAUGCCCGGAUACGCCUAGACUGCUGUUUGACAUCAUUUGCACUUUAACAGACAUGGGUUACGUUGUUCGUCAUGGGCAUGCAAAGGCUGAAAGUACAGAAGCUUUCCAGAUGGUUCAGUUGUGAUGUCAGACAUGGAGAGGCAAAGAUUGAUACAAUGUAUUAAAGCAGCCAUUGAAAGAAGAGUAUCCGAGGGUCCAAAGAUCGAGGUAUGCACAACGUACAGAAUCGGGCUUUUAGCUGACAUCACUCGUAUUUUUUGUGAGAAUAACCUUAGGGUAACAAGAGCUCAGCUGAGGUGGAAACACAAGGUGACAACACUGUAAAUACAUUCCAUGUUCGUGAUGCCUCGGGGUAUCCGAUAGACUCCAAGAUUGUUCAUUCUAUUAGAAAAGAAAUAGAACAGACAAUUCUUAAAGUGGAAGACAGCCCUAAAUAAUAUCCCUGCUCAUACCUCAAAAUUUAGACUUGAAUGAAACCUACUCAUGUUUACAUUACAGUCUCGUUUUCUGUUUACUUUUUCUUCCUUGCAAUUUUGAAGUGAGAAGCCAUAUAUGCAACUUUACUUAAGAAACAUCUGUGGUUUGGAAAAGACAGUUUUAGGUGUAAUGAAUUUAUUACUUUUACCAUUUUAUAAGUUUCAACUAUUUUAGACA